AUGGUGCUCAAGGCCUUCUUCCCCACGUGCUGCGCCUCGGCCGACAGCGGCCUGCUGGUGGGACGGUGGGUGCCGGAGCAGAGCAGCGCCGUGGUCCUGGCUGUGGUGCACUUUCCCUUCAUCCCCCUCCAGGUGAAGGAGCUCCUGGCCCAGGUGCAUCAGGCCGGCCGCGUGGGGUUGGCCGUGCUGGGCACCUGGUGCCACCGCCGGCAGGGGGCUGAGGAGAGCCUGGGCCACUUCCUGGAGGGCCUGGGCACCAUCUUCUCCCACGAGCCUUGGCUACAGCUGUGCCGGGAGCCGGGCAGCAAGUUGUGGAGCUGCAAGGCCACCCGCCGGCAGGUGCCUCCCCGCCGCGGCGCCCCCUAUGAGGACCAGGUCAUGCUCGUCUUCUACGACCAGCGCAAGGUGCUGCUGUCGCAGCUGCACCCACCCGCAGCCCUGCCCGACCGCCAGGCCGGCGAUGCCGCGCACAGUGCCAGGGGCUUGGCCGCUGUCUUUGACACGGUGGCGCGCAGUGAGGCGCUCUUCCGAAGCGACCGCUUCGACGACGGCCCUGUGCGCUUGAGCCACUGGCAGUCGGAGGGCGUGGAGGCCAGCAUCCUCGCCGAGCUGGCAAAGCGCGCCUCGGGGCCCGCCUGCGUGCUGCUGGCCUGCCUGUUGUCACUCGUCUCGGCCGCCAGCGCCUGCCGGCUGUUCAAGCUGUGGCCCCUGUCCCUUGUCUGGAGUAAGCUCUCUGUGUGCGAGCAGCUCAGGCACCGGCUGGAGCAGCUCACGCUCAUCUUCAGCACCCAGAAGGCCGAGAACCCCACCCAGCUGAUGAGGAAGGCCAACGUGCUUGUCUCUGUGCUUCUCGAUGUGGCCCUUGGCCUUGCGCUGCUGUCGUGGCUUCGUGGGAAGGACCGCAUUGGGCCACUGGCGGAGGCCCUCGUCCCUGUGGCUGAUCACGUGGCCGAGGAGCUCCAGCAUCUGCUGCAGUGGCUGAUGGGUGCGCCUGCUGGGCUGAAGAUGAACCGGGCGCUGGACCAGGUGCUGGGCCGCUUCUUCCUCUACCACCUGCACCUGUGGAUCAGCUACAUCCACCUCAUGUCCCCCUUCAUCGAGCGCAUCCUGUGGCACGUGGGCCUCUCAGCCUGCCUGGGCCUGACGGUCGCCCUGUCCAUCCUGUCUGACAUCAUUGCUCUGCUCACCUUCCACAUCUACUGCUUCUAUGUCUACGGGGCCAGGCUGUACUGUCUGAAGAUCUGCGGCCUGUCCUCGCUUUGGCGUCUGUUCCGGGGGAAGAAGUGGAAUGUUCUGCGCCAGCGAGUGGACUCCUGCUCCUACGACCUGGAUCAGCUGUUCAUUGGGACUUUGCUCUUCACCAUUCUGGUCUUCCUCCUGCCCACCACGGCCCUGUACUACCUGGUGUUCACCCUGCUCCGGCUCUUGGUGGUGGCUGUGCAGGGCCUGAUGCAUCUGCUCGUGGACCUCAUCAACUCCCUGCCGCUGUACUCGCUUGGCCUCCGGCUCUGCCGGCCCUACAGGCUUGCGGCUGGUGUGAAGUUCCGAGUCCUGGAGCACGAGGCUGGCAGGCCCCUCCGCCUCCUGAUGCAGAUAAACCCCCUGCCCUAUGGUCGUGUGGUGCACACCUACCGCCUCCCCAGCUAUGGCUGCCACCCCACGCACUCCUGGGGCUCCCUGUGCCGCAAGCUGUUCUUCGGAGAGCUCAUCUACCCCUGGAGGCAGAGAGGGGACAAGCAGGACUGAGGGGCCUGGUCGCUGGCCUGCCCAGUACCACCGUGCGGCCACAGUCUGCCCUCUUCCCUGCCAGGGUGUGGACCAUCAGGACAGCACGCGUCCCUGAUCUUUGCCUUCUCUCCC